AUGCGAGUACAACCCACCAAGGAAGAACGAUGCUCGAGCGACGGUUCUGGACAGAAGCAGGAUCCUAUCGAGCGAAGGAGGUUGCAGAACCGUCUGUCCCAGAGAAAUCAUCGUCGAAAGAUACGUGACCGCAUCGCGAAGCUUCAGGAGCGUGUUAUUGCCAGUGAGCUACGAGCAGCUGCAAGUCUGAAUGGUUGGGAUCAUGCCAGCUCGAUCACCGGACCACCAGCGGUGGACCGGUAUUCGCCUAUCUUUGAUCCCAGUGGCACAUCCUCUUCGACGAUGGCCGAUGGGUCCUCCGGUUAUGCAUCAGCGUAUAUGUCUCAGUCCCGAUUGUUCUGCUCGUCGUGCAACAGUGCGUUGGCGCCGCUGCCGCUAUGCUCGACCCAAAUGACGAUUACAUCGCCUCUAUACGAUAUCACCGAGCUCGAUGCUUCGAAUACAUCCUCCUCGAACCCCCGGAAUCACCCCUAUUUCCCCCGGUCUAGCUCUGGCGCUUCUGAGUUGCUGCAAAGCAUGUCUGGUGGCUAUUCAUCGAGCGACGCAAACGCAGUGCCCCUUUUCGAACCGUGGACUGGCCAAACUCAGUAUUCCGGAUCGUCACUUUACUACCUCACAACAGAGGCGUCGUUGCCACAGAUCAUGCAAGCUUUAAGCACGGGACCAGCACGACCCAAGGCGAUCAUCGUGCUCUCGCAGAAUACGCAACCAGCCUCAAUUUCCACCAGUCUACCAACGUCGCAAUCGCCACCCACUGCAAACAGCACUGUCGAACUGUCAGGAUCAUCCAGUCCUGUUGAGUUGCAUGAGACCUUGUGCCAGUGCCAGAGUCAGCGAUCGAUGGCUGGACCCCCGGGCAUGAUGGCCGCUGAUGACUGGGUUAAUGCAGGUACCUCAACCUCUCCGGCUGUUUGCCCACUACAUUCGAUGCCAGCCAAUGAGAGCAUGCAACUUAUGAUGAUGUGA